AUGGAUAAUGAAUUAAAUAUAACGUAUAUUAUGCUUGGUGGCUUUGUAGAUUUGAACAAAUACAGAUAUGUUUAUUUUUUACUCAUGUUUACAGUUUAUAUUCUAAUAAUCUGCAGUAAUUCCACUAUUGUGUGUUUUAUUGUAAUUCACCAAAACCUCCAUGAGCCUAUGUACAUUUUCAUCGCAGCUUUGUCACUGAACUCUCUUCUUCUCAGCACUACUAUCUACCCAAAGCUUUUCAUUGACUUUUUAUCUGAAAAACAGAUCAUAUCUUAUUCAGCUUGUCUUUUUCAGUAUUUCAUAUAUUACUCUUUAGGUGGUUCAGAGUUCUUACUGUUAACAGCCAUGUCCUAUGACAGGUAUGUGUCUAUAUGUAAACCUCUGCAAUAUCCAACUAUCAUGAGAAGAACAAAUAUCAGUAUUUUACUGCUUUUAGCUUGGCUUAUACCUGCUUUACAUGUUGUGGUGCCUGUUUUAUUGGGUCGUGAGAAAAAACCCUGUAACUUCAGUUUGAAUGGAAUUUUUUGUAACAAUUCAGUCUUAAAAUUUCACUGUGUGAGUGCAAGAGUGAUAUCAGUAUAUGGUUUGGUUGUUUUGCUAAAUGUUGCACUUGUUCCUGUGCUUUUCAUUCUCUUCACAUACACAAAGAUACUUAUAAUAUUAUAUCGAAGCAGUAGAGAAGUCAGGAAAAAAGCUGCACAGACUUGUUUACCUCAUCUGUUGGUUUUAAUCAGCUUCUCCUGUUUGUGUGCAUAUGAUAUAAUGAUAGUUCGACUGGAAUCUGAUUUUCCAAAAACUGCACAUUUAAUAAUGACUUUACAAGUGGUUUUGUAUCAACCUCUCUUUAAUCCAAUUAUAUAUGGUCUAAAAAUGAAAGAAAUUUCCAAACACCUCAAGAGUUUUUUCUGUCAAUUCAAACAAGGCUAA